UGUAAACCUGCCUCCAAAAUUUCAAGCAAACAAGCAACCAAUUUAUGGAGUGUUCAUUAAGGUUUUCCAUUGCACAAAUUCAAAAUGUACACUAAAUACAGGUGGAUGGAAACUGAUAAUUUUGUGGUUGUUUUCCUGUGAAUGUCCAGUGACCAAAUCUUGAACUAAGACAACAAUUGAAACUCACUCACUGAUUUAUGAAAAGUAAAUAUAUUCUAAGUGUAUGAUUUUUCCUUCCUGCUGGGAACAUUGAGCCUCUAACUUGCCAAAAUAAACAUUAACAUGUAUCCAUUGUUGUUACUUUUGUUCCAGAGAAAGAUGCAUGCUAUCCUGAUGAUCGGCUGCUUUGUCCUCGCUGCAACAGACUACUUCCUCGGCUCUGCCCACAUGAUCCCUGAUGAGAGACUCUCCACCAAUAGGGUCGUUGUAGCUAAUGCUCUGUCUCAAAGCCUUGACAUGGGCUCACCGCCUGUUGUUAUUGUAGAGUUACCUAAAUCAGUGAAGAAAAACAAGAAAACAAAGAAACAAAAAAAGACCAAAUUUAGUGUGAAGAAACGUCCUCCUCCUCCUGCUGACUGCAUUGCCCUAUGGGGAAGCUGUAAAUCUCCAGGCAAUGUGUGCUGUGAUUUCUGCGCCUUCUGCCAGUGUCGGCUCUUCAGAACUGUCUGUUACUGCCGAAUGGGCAACCCUCGCUGCUGAACAGCCGGCCGCAGCCUGAACCAGCUCAGAGCUAACAGAAUAAAACUUCAUGCUAAAACAAACAACUUGAAGUGAACACUGUGAGAGGUGAAUCAUUUCUAGUUCUCGGUUUGUAACUUUGCCUAAAAUUCACUGCAUGAAAGCACUUUAUCACAGACGACUGCACCACAGUGAACUUUCCUAAAAUCUUACAGGGUGUAAUGCUUAUAGCACUUGAUGAAACUCACAAAUAAAAAAAAAGAAGUUUUUUUUAUUUUACUUUGAGCUUUUAGCACGCAUGAAUACAGUAUGUCUGCUCAAAACAUUUAUAUAUGUUUUAUU